AUGUCUAAUCCUGCAGCAUCACACCAAGAUUUGGUGGAUGCUCACUGGUACAGUGGAGUCGAUUACUCAGAGCGCUGCAGAGAGCUGAAGUACGGAUUAGCAUUGCGCAGAGAAAAAUGGGCGGAAGUCAGCUAUCCAAAAAAAUUUGGAUCUCACGAAGAAAGUUUGUUCUCAGCCUUAUACGUUGGUAGUCGUAGCAGCAGCUCAUCGGAGGAAAUCCUUCAAUAUAUAGAAAAUAUUGAAUGUGAAACUUCUGAAAAUGACGACUUGCCUAGCUCUUCGACCAUAAAUAAUCUUCGUGAUCUUCAAGUUCUCCGACCAGGUUACAAACCGAGCGAAGACGUUCUUAUGCCGUGUUUGUCAAUUCUGGAAAGGAUCUCUGGUGAUUUGUCAAUGGUUGAGAAAUGUCGCGUUCUUAUUGCUAAAGGUGAUCUCAACACGGCGGACCAUUUGUUGCAUAUGCUGUUGGAGUCUGCCGAUACGGAUGUCAGCGUAGAAGUCCGAUGUCUGCUUGCAGAAUUGCUGGCAUAUCAUAGAAAUAUGUUAGAUGAAGCAAUCGCUCUACUGCGUCAGGGUAUCGAGAGCAUAGGAGAAGGAUCCAUCACCCGUGAAUCUCGUCUACGGCUGUUUUCGCUGCUGCACCGCCUUGCAGCACGGCAGCUCUCUGGCAUAGAAGAACACAUGGAGUCGAGAGCGUUCCGUAUGAGAGAAGAUGCGAUUCGUGAAUGGACAAGGCAACGUAGCUUGGCAGCACAAGGCCCUCCAUCUCACACGGCUCGACGUAUUGAGUGCGAGCUGCGGUGCGAAAAAGAAGCCGUGGAAUCAGUCAAAGAAAAAUUGGUCGCAAGUGCUGUUGACACUGUGACUGCUGGACUUGAGGCUCUAAAACUGCUGUCACAACCGUUUCUAAAACAGCCAUGUCAGCCAGCGGAAAAGAACGACGAUAUUCUUAGACUCAUAUUUCCACUUAUUAAUGUGAUAUUUCGAUUCGAUCGUGACAAAGACGUUGUAAAGGCUUUCAGGAGGGAAUAUGCCAAGCCGGGGAUGGUACCAGCUGUUUGGGUGCAUGUGGUCAGUCAUCUAAUGUCUCACUGUUUUGCGAAGAGCAUACUAGCUCCUGUAGUUCGAACGAUGAUUGUGAAACUUAUUAUCGCUUAUCCAUAUCAUGUUCUACAUACUGUGCUCAUGUAUAAAUUCAAUGAGAUCAGCGACACGCGAUUCUUCAAAAAACGGCAGCUGCCAGAAAAUAAAGUUGAAUACGAAAUGAUGCAAGGAGGUUUUGUCGGAUUAUUUCAGUCGGGAUGGUUCGCGAAACGAGUUCCUCUUCCUAUCGUUGAUCAAAAGCUGGGCACGGCAUGCGAUUACUCUGGUCAAGACAUCGUCAUGUGGGGAGAAAUGGAACGUAACGAGGACGUUCGACAGGAUAGCCUCGUGGAGCAGCUUUUUUCGGUCGUCAACGGGAUCUUGAACCGUGGUGAACCUUCAGCCUUUCUGCGCACUUAUAAGGUGGUCCCUUUGGAUAGCAAAUGUGGCAUAAUAGAAUUUUGUCAAGGGACAGUAUCACUGAAAGAACUUCUGUGCGGAAUGGAUCUUGUGAGCGGCCUGCAUGCGAAAGAAGAGCCGGGCGAUAGGAAAGCACUCCAAGUGCGAACCACCCUAAAAGACGCCGCAAAGACGCAAGUGAACGAAGCUUCGAAGAUGUUUCGAGAAGCUUGUGCACUUUUCAAACCGGUGUUCAGGCACUUUUUCUAUGAGCGGCACAGCACGGUUCAGUCUUGGACGCAAAUGAUUGACAAUUAUAGGCGUAGCCUUGCCCAGUGGAGUAUAGUGACCUAUGUGGUAGGACUUGGCGAUCGUCAUCUCAGCAAUGUGCUGUUCGAGACUGACACAUGCAAAUUGGUCCACAUUGAUUUGGGUAUGAUUCUGGAGUACAGUAAAAGAACCUUACCCAUUCCUGAGCGGGUACCGUUCCGUCUAACGAGAGAUCUUCUGGAUCCAAUACUUAUCGAAGGAACAGACGGCCGACUUGGUGAAAGUGCUGUGCGUGCAAUGCGAUUACUCCGGGAAAGCAAGCAUGUGAUUCUGGGCCUGGCGUCAGUAUUGCUGCGAGAAACCAUUUCUAACUUCGAAGAGGUGGAGUCAAACGGAGGAGAGCGCCCUUCGUUUGUCUCAGAAACUGCAAUCGCACGGCUUCGGGACAAACUGAAUGGGACUGACGACACGUUUGGUGUUCAGGAUGUUGAAGAUCAGGUAUCCUCCAUAUUAGUUGAACGAGUGCGUAAUUUUUAUUACCCGACAUUGCAACGUGGAUCGAUAUAUUGA